UGCCUCAAAGGAAAUUGUUACUAGCCAGAGCCCGGACUCAAAGAGAGAGAAAGAGAAACCGGAGCAGCAGACAGCGGAAGGCUGUAGGGAUCAACAGUGAAACUUUCUACCAAAGAUGACUACAUCCAUGGCUAAACAGCAAGAGAUCUACAACCAGCAGGGCUUCCUCUCUGCGCUGCCUGUGUUGAAUGAGACUGAGCUGAAGGAGGCCAAACAUGCCUUUUCUGAGCUGGAGAAAGAACUUGGGGAAGACUACACCCAGUACAGCCUCCACAAUGUUCACCUUCAGUAUCCAUGGGUGAAGGGUCUGACCAAACACCCUCAAAUCAUAAAAGUGGUCGAAGCCAUCCUGGGACCUGACGUCAUCUUGCUGGACUCCCGCUUCAUCUGUAAAUACCCAACAGUCAAACCUGACAUCCAGCAGGAUAACGAAGGAGAACCCAAACCUGAACUUCCAUAUGUGGCCUGGCAUCAGGAUAUGAGGUAUUGGGGUAUUGCUGGUGGCCCUGUUCUCUCUGUGUGGCUCGCUUUAGAUGACUCAGUGCAAGAGAACGGCGCCCUUCAGGUCAUCCCAGGUAGCCACUCUGCUGGCAUGUUGCCCCAUCGCCAAGCCAUCCGCUCUGGAAACAUGCUGUCAGUCAAUCAGGAGAUCCCAGAGGAGCUAGUUCAGGCUGGUGAAGCUGUGUUAUGCCCUCUGUUAGCUGGGCAGAUGUCUAUUCAUGAUGGCUUCCUCGUCCAUGCCAGUGAGCCCAACAGGUCCCAGAGGAGGCGCUGUGGGUUGGUGAGCCGUUAUAUUCCCACCUGUGCAUAUCCCACAGAGGAUCCUGACCGUCCCAGGAAAUUUGCUGCAACAGCACUGGUUUGUGGAACGGACCAGUUCAAUCAUUUCUCCAACACAACUUGAAGAAUACUUCUAAAUUCUUCCUACUUGCAAGAACAUGUAUUUAAUAUAUACUAUUCAAAUAUCUAAACUGUGAAUAGUCAAUUCAUGAAACAUUGUUUUAAUGAUCAGAAUGUGUUGACAUUGUAUUGUGCCAUAUAAAGUAACUGGACUGUUUUAAACUGCUUUAAAAUUAACAAAUAAAAAAUGAUAACAUGAUGA